GUAGAGGGAUAACAGAAAAUAUGAUUGUAAAUGGGAGCCACAAAAAAGAUAAAAUGAAUAUGAUGAUGAUGUAGAUACAUACACACAACACAACACAACACAUCACAGUCUCCCCGCUAGAACGAGAAAGUACUAGUUCAGAUAACAAAGAACAACAAACAAAGUACUUUCAUGAAUGAAUAAUCAAAUUAUUAUCCAAUCCGUUUUUCUUCUUCUCCAGAAUUCCUUAUUAAGAACUUCAAGCUAGGCCAAACACUACUUAAUUCAUUUUGAUAAUAAGUGCUUUUUAUUAUCAUGCGCACUCUUUCAUUACCACCACCAUGUUUAUCUUCUUCUUCUUAUUCUCUUCAUACCAACAACAACAACAACAAAAAUAACAACUUCAAUUUUCACCUCUUUUCUCCCAAUUUUUCUUCUUCUAUCUUAACAUCUCACAAAUGGUUAACACCGCAUUCUGCUCUUAAACAAACAAAAAAACAACCUACUAAGAUCAAUAACAAUAACCCAUCUCGGUUAAAGCGUUUGUUUAAUCCCAAAGGUGAAAAUGAUGAUGUUAAUAAAAACAAGAAGAAGAAAAGAGAUGAGUCUGAUAAAGAUGAGGAUGAUGAUGAUGAUGGUAGUGGUACUGCUUUGAAAGGAACAAUUUUGGCUGGUGUUUUACUUGUUGGUUUUGUUGGAGGGUUUGCUUCUGUUGGGUAUUUUUAUAGAGAGCCUAUUAAUUCUUUCUUGAAUCAAUUCUCUGGCUUCAUUGAAGGUUAUGGUUCAGCUGGAUAUGCUUUGUUUGUUGCUGUUUAUGCUGGAUUGGAGAUCCUUGCAAUUCCUGCCGUUCCCUUAACCAUGUCAGCUGGACUUCUUUUUGGAUCCCUUACUGGCACUAUCAUAGUCUCUAUCAGUGGAACAGUAGCGGCCAGUGUUGCUUUUCUAAUCGCGAGAUAUUUUGCUCGUGAGCGCAUUCUAAAAUUAGUUGAAGGAAAUAAGAAGUUUCUUGCUAUUGACAAAGCAAUUGGAGAAAAUGGUUUCAAGGUUGUGACCCUGCUUCGUUUGAGUCCUUUGCUGCCAUUUUCUUUGGGGAAUUAUUUAUAUGGAUUGACAUCUGUUAAGUUUCUUCCGUAUGUAUUGGGAAGUUGGUUGGGGAUGCUUCCAGGAACAUGGGCUUAUGUUAGUGCCGGUGCUUUUGGAAGAGCAAUAAUUCAAGAAGAAUCUGAACUUGGUGCACUUGGAGGAAACAGUCAGCUGCUGACGCUUGGGCUCGGACUGUUGGUCACUGCAUUAGCUGCGACAUAUGUUACAAAACUUGCACAGGAUGCUAUCAAAGAUAUCGACUAGACCAGGUAGAGAGUAGAAGCAACCGCAUUUGCGAAUUAAGGCAAGUCCAUAUGGCUGGAUUGCAGAAUUGAUAUCUGAGUAAAUAAUUAUAAAAAAAUGACAGACGAACGAGAACCAAGGAAAAUGGUCAUCCAGCACGCCCCUUGUAAAUUACAAUAUUCUUAUUGAUGAAAAUCUGGUAGAAUCAUUUUGUUCCCUUGUGUUGCUCCCUUAAAUUGUAACUAGGAAUUCAAGCGCGAGUGGUGGUUAGGCAUUGGUUAAAAGAAUGUAUUAAGAUUUUGGAUGGAGAUGUCGUGUAACCGUGUUUGUCUCUUGGUUGUCCUAGUUAUUAGUCUGUUGUGGCUC